AUGCCGUUUGAAUUGGAGCUGAUCAUUACAUUCGAGCGCUGGAUACACGAUGAGAUCAUGUGCAAUGUAUGGAUGACAACAUACUUAAUUGCUGUACCCACGUCCAUUCUAGGCUUGUUGGCUUUGACAGUUUAUCGAUACCGACUCCUACAAGAACCUUCGGACAUCUACAAGGCAUCGCCGCUGAUUACUCGCAGGCGCGCCUCUAUAGUCGUUUAUUGUUUAUGGGCAUACUCCAUGCUCUUUUCACUCGUCCCAGUCUUCGGCUGGAAUACGCUUCCAGGUAGAGUUUAUAAUGAAUACUGUUAUUUCAACUUCUCUUCAACUUAUUCAGUCUUAAGUUCGAUUAUAAAUUUUGUGGCACCAGUUGUAAUCGCUUCCUUUCUGAACUGCAAAAUGUUCUGCGUCGCAAUCAAGCGGGCGCAUCCUCCAAAAACUGGCCGCCGAAAUGGAAAAACUAAACAAAACCCAGCAAGCCAAAACCCAGUCCAAAACAGCCCCAAUUCACCUACCUCAGAACAACGACCUGUCGAAUCUAUGCGAUCGCGACAUGAAGCCAUCCUCAUCAGUAAAUUACAACAACGGAACAUUCGCGCAGCCAAGACAACGUUUCUGAUCGUUUUCUCGUUCGUGGUCUAUUGGCUGCCUUUCUCAUUUCUGAGCAUCACUUACAAUCUGUGUUGGAAGUGUGCCAUCGAUAUCGCAAAGUAUCCUAAAUUGAACACCUUCUUUCUUAUGUUGGGUUUUCUUAACUCAGCCAUUAACCCUGUUUUGUACAGCUUUCGGAGUUCUGAAUUUAAGAAGGCAGUCAAAGAUUUCAUUAGAAGAAGGCGCCCCUUUCAAGGUGUGCAAACCCGAACAGAGAACGCUCGCGCUAUGGAAAGGCGUGCAGCAACUCUGUAG